GGGACGAAGGGGCGGCCGCGGAGAGGGAGGGAGGCAGGAAGAUCUCUGCACUUCCGCUAGCCGCUGGCUCGCUGGCUGCUUCUGGAGGCGCCGGCGGGAGCGGAGGGAGCGCGUGGCCCGGGGCCCCGCAUUCCCCGGCCCCCUCCGCCCCACGCGGCCCGGACCAUGGAUAUCAGGUGGUGGGCAGUGGUGGUGUUGGCUGCGCUCCCCUCCUUGGGGACAGGUGGGGAGAAUCCCGAAGCCCCUCCGGAGUCAUGGACCCCGCUAUGGUUUUUACGCUUUUUGGUGAAUGCUGCUGGUUAUGCCAGCUUUAUGGUACCUGGCUACCUGCUGGUGCAGUACUUCAGGCGGAAGAACUACCUAGAGACAGGCAGGGGUCUCUGCUUCCCCUUGGUGAAAGCUUGUGUGUUUGGCAAUGAGCCCAAGGCCUCGGAUGAGGUUCCCCUGUCUCCCCGGACAGAGCCAGCAGAGACCACUCCCACUUGGCAGGCCUUGAAGCUGCUCUUCUGUGCAGUGGGACUCCAGGUGUGUGAGCGCUUUACAGACUCACAGUUCCUGGUGCUAAUGAACCGAGUGCUGGCACUGAUCGUGGCUGGUGUCUACUGCCUCCUCUGCAAGCAGCCCCGGCAUGGGGCACCCAUGUACCGGUACUCUUUUGCCAGCCUGUCAAACGUGCUCAGCAGCUGGUGCCAAUAUGAAGCUCUCAAGUUUGUCAGCUUCCCCACCCAGGUGUUGGCCAAAGCCUCUAAGGUGAUUCCUGUCAUGCUGAUGGGAAAGUUGGUAUCUCGGCGCAGCUACGAAUACUGGGAAUACUUGACAGCUGGCCUCAUCUCCAUUGGAGUCAGCAUGUUUCUGCUGUCCAGUGGACCAGAGCCCCGCAGCUCUCCGGCCACCACGGUCUCAGGCCUGAUCCUGUUGGCUGGCUACAUCGCCUUUGACAGUUUCACCUCAAACUGGCAGGAUGCCCUAUUUGCCUAUAAGAUGUCAUCAGUGCAGAUGAUGUUUGGGGUCAACUUCUUCUCCUGCCUCUUCACAGUGGGCUCCCUGCUGGAGCAGGGGGCCCUCCUAGAAGGGACCCGUUUCAUGGGGCGACAUAGUGAGUUUGCUGCACAUGCUCUGCUGCUCUCAGUCUGCUCUGCGUGCGGCCAGCUUUUCAUCUUCUACACCAUUGGACAGUUUGGGGCUGCUGUCUUCACCAUUAUCAUGACCCUCCGCCAGGCCUUUGCUAUUCUCCUCUCCUGCCUCCUCUAUGGUCACACCAUCACUGUAGUUGGGGGGCUGGGGGUGGCUGUGGUCUUUGCUGCCCUAUUGCUCCGAGUCUAUGCCCGGGGCCGGCUAAAACAACGGGGAAAGAAGGCUGUGCCUGUAGAGUCCCCUGUGCAGAAGGUUUGAGACCUGAGAUGAAGUGAACUGGUAUUCUGACCAUAUCUACCAUACUGUUUUCCUCUCCUACUGUAAUUUCUCAGAGGCAUCUGGUUCAAGAGCAAAAUGCAGGUGUUUUCUCAGUAUCACAAACCAGCUCUGCAGUUGGGAGUAGGGAGCCCAGGAGGCAGCCUUCCCUUUUGCCUUAAGUCACCAGUCCUCUAGUAGGCAGGAAUUCUGAGCCCCAGGGAAUAUAAAUCCUCAGUGUGGAGGGGGGGCUGCCUUCCCCCAUCAAGUUCUUUGAAGUCUCACCCUGUUGGCUCUGCCACCAACACCUCACACCUGUGCUUGUCCCCUACACCUUGAAUAGCCACCCUUUCAGACUUCCAGAGACCUGCAUUUCUUACUCUGGUGAGAAAAGCACAAGUAUUGUCAGCUCUGAUGCUGCUUUCCUAGAAGUGAGAGAUGGUGCUGUGCUAGGGGAGGGGGAUGGGAGAGGCCAGCACCCCACCAUGCUCCUGGAUCCCUAGGCUCUGUACCAUGAGCCAGUUGCAGGUGUUGGUACUUUGGAAAUGUAUCUUUCUGCUCAUAAUUUUAUUUUAUUAAAUUAAAUUGCUGCAGUGGUCUUA